UCACUAAGACGUGAAAUGGCACAGCAAGAAAUUCAAAUAGAAGGAAGAAAGUUCUGCUGUUCAAUCUGUCUGGAUCUCCUGAAGGACCCGGUGACAAUUCCCUGUGGACACAACUAUUGUAGGAGCUGUAUUCAAAGCCAAUGGGAUGAAAAGGAGCAGAUGAAAAUCCACAGCUGUCCUCAGUGCAGACAGACCUUCAUACUGAGCCCUGUCCUGGUAAAAAACAACAUGUUGGCAGAUUUAGUAGAGGAGCUGAAGAAGACUGGACUCCAAGCUGGUCCUGCUGAACGCUGCUAUGCUGGACCUGAAGAUGUGGCCUGUGAUGUGUGCACUGGGAGAAAACUGAAAGCCCUCAAGUCCUGUCUGGUGUGUUUGGCCUCUUAUUGUGAGGAACACCUCCAACCUCACUAUGAAGCAGCUGCUUUAAAGAAGCACAAGCUGGUCGAGCCCUCCAAGAAGCUUCAGGAGAACAUCUGCUGUCACCAUGAUGAGGUGAUAAAGAUGUUCUGCCGCACUGAUCAGCUGUGUAUCUGUUAUCUCUGCUCUGUGGAUCAUCAUAAAGGCCACGACACGGUGUCAGCUGCAGCAGAAAGGACUCAGAGGCAGAGGGAGCUCCAGAGAAGCCGACAACAAAUCCACCAGAGAAUCCAGGUCAGAGACAAAGAGGUGAAGGAGCUUCAAGAUGAGGUGGAGGCCAUCAAUCGCUCUGCUGUUAAAGCAGUAGAGCACAGUGAGAAGAUCUUCACCCAGCUGAUUGGUCUGAUUGAGAAAAGAAGCUCCGAUGUGAAGCAGCAGAUCAGAUCGCAGCACAAAACUGAAGUGAGUCGAAUCAAAAGGCUUCAAGAUAAGCUGGAGCAGGAGAUCGAUGAUCUGCGGAGGAAAGAUGCUGAUCUGGAUCAGCUCUCACACACACAGGAUCACAUCCAGUUUCUUCUAAACUGCCCCUCCCUGCCAUUCCUCAGUGAACCUACAGAGUCAUCCAGUGUCAAAAUCCGUCCUCUGAAGCACUUUGAGGAUGUGAAAGCGGCUGUGUCAAAGGUUAGAGAGAAACUACAAAACAUUCUGAGUGAUGAAUGGAUGAAAAUCUCACAGACAGUGACUGAAGUGGACGUUUUACUGUCAGAACCAGAACCAAAGACCAGAAGUGAUUUCUUAAAAUAUUCACAUAAAAUUACAUUGGAUCCAAAUACAGCACACAGACAUCUGUUGUUAUCUGAGGGGAACAGAAAAGUCCAUGUGAGUCAGAAAUGCUUUUAUUCUGAUCAUCCAGACAGAUUCACUCAACAGUUUCAGGUCCUGAGUACAGAGAGUUUGACUGGACGCUGUUACUGGGAGGUGAAGUGGAGCGGAGCAGAAGUUUCUGUAGCAGUCGCAUACAAGAAUAUUAAGAGAACAGGGAGCAGUAAAGAAUGUAGAUUUGGUUACAAUGACAAGUCUUGGGCUUUAGCAUUAGUCAGUGGUUAUGAAUUUCAUCAUAACAAUAUCAGCAUUCCAGUCUCAGGUGCUCGGUCCUCCACAGUAGGAGUGUAUCUGAACCACAGUGCAGGUAUUCUGUCCUUCUACAGCAUCUCUGAAACGAUGAAUCUCCUCCACAGAGUCCAGACCUCAUUCACUCAACCGCUACAUGUCGGAUUUAGGAUUUAUUGGUUUGGAUCCUCUGCUGAGAUCUGUGAGUUCAAAUCAACUGAAGUCAUUUCACAGACAACGGACUAGACUCUG